UUGAACGACCUCCCACAGGACCCACGACCAAGCCAGGAAUCGAAGUCAGUUAAGGAGAAGCAAACUUCGGAUAAUAGCGAGAAGAGUCUUGUAGCACACACUAAUGAACAGUCUAGUAAAAGCAGAAAGGACCCGAUUCUGUCGUUGGACCAUUCAUUAGAAAAAAUCUUGGCGGACCUAGAAAAAGAGGAAUGGUAUCAUGGUUAUCUUCCGUUUGAAGAUAUAGUCGGAUUAAUGAAAGACGAUGGAGAUUUUUUGCUAAGAGGCCUCGAACCUGAAGGCGAUCAUCAUGCUAUGGUAAAUUGUAUUAGAAUAACGAAGCUUUGUGCAAAGUAUUUUGGGUCUUCAUCACUUUCUGAUAUAUUUGACGCGCGAAACUAG